GACCGGUGGCGCGCGCGGCGCGGGCACGAGGCGGCCGAGAGGGCGCGGGAGCAGGAACUUAAAGCUGCUGCCGACAGUGUCUUAUCUGAAGUUAGAAGGAAGCAGGCAGAUACAAAGAGAAUGGUGGAAAUUCUUCGGGGCUUAGAAAAGCUUAGGAAACUGAGAAAAGAAGCAGCAGGAAGAAAAGGUGUCUGUCCACCCCCAUCAGCAGAUGAAGCUUUUGAACAUAAUAUUCAGAAGAUGAGGACGUUGAUUAAAAAACGCACUGAACUGUAUGAAGCUGAAGAGAGAGCUCUACGAGUCAUGUUAGAAGGAGAGCAGGAAGAAGAGAGGAAAAGAGAAAUGGAAAAGAAGCAGAAGAAAGAAAGAGAGAAGCUUCUGCAGCAGAAACGUGAAAUUGAGUCCGUGCUGUUUGGCAAUCCGGAUGAGUUCCCCCUUGGCCAUCUGCUUCGACCCUUCCAACAGUAUUAUUUACAAGCUGAGCAUUCUGUACCAGUCCUCAUCCAGAUCAGGCAUGAAUGGGACCGGUAUUUGGUACCAGCAGAUCAUCCUGAAGGAAGCUGCAUCCCUCCAGGAUGGGUCCUCCCAGCUCCCCCUACCAGUGACACCUGGGCCACUGCUGUCAAAUAACUUUACCAUAAGACAGUCUGAAGUUUUGGAGUGUCACAUUAAAGUGGUGUUUCAUUUUAAUCAUGGAAGAACAUGGAUUUCUGGCACCAGGGAUCCAGCUGGAGGCCAAAUGAGCAGCUUAUGGCACUUUGAUCUGUUUGUUGUGUGCUGGACAAACCACGCUGUGAAAUAGUACCGCCUUUGUUAUGCUGAACCUGGUCAACCAGCCAUGCGGUUACUUACAGCUUGGUAAAUCAGCCUGCUGGAACGAAAAUUUUAAAAAAGCUGAAGUGUGAUUUGCUAUAACUGUUCUUGCCCUGUUACUUAUGUUCUUGUAAAUAGAUACCACGUGUAAAAUGAUCUGAACAAAAGUAAAACGUACAAAAGUUUUAAAGCAGAAAUAAAUAUAGAGAAGACUGGAAA